GCCAAGAGUGGAAUUUGUGUUAAUGGGGAGAAAGCACAUUCAAUUGGAAUUCUAAAAAUGAUUGAAACAAUGGAUACACAACGUGCCUUGCAGGCGGUGGAGCGUCUCCAGGCCAAACUGAAGGAAAGGGGGGAGGUGCCCACAGAGGAGAAACUCAGCCUACUCAAAUCGGUGCUCCAGAGCCCCCUCUUCCACCAGAUCCUGGCCUUGCAGAAGUCUGUCCAGCAUAUCAAGGAGCAGGGGAGCGUCCCAUCAUCACGAGGGAGUGACCUUGGUGAUCAUAUCACAGCAGUCAAGCCCAACGGUGGCCAUGUUUCCUACCCAGACGUCUCAGCUGCUACGCACAUCAAUGGCAAGGCAUCAUCUGAAGAAUUUGAUCAUAUUAUUAACGCCAUGGCACAGGGGCGCUACGUGACAAACGUGGAGCUGCAGAAGCCAGUGUCAGGAGGUCUGGGCUUCAGCGUGGUGGGCCUGAAGAGCGAGAACCGCGGCGAGCUUGGCAUCUUUAUUCAGGAAAUUCAACCAGGAAGUGUGGCUCACUGUGACGGGAAGCUUAAAGAAGCAGACCAGAUUUUGUCCAUCAAUGGCCAGGCCCUGGACCAGACAGUGACCCACCAGCAGGCUAUAAGCAUCCUGCAGAGUGCUUCGGAGAGGGUGCAACUCACAGUUGCUAGAGGGCCAAUACCUCAGCUGGCCAGUCCUGUGGUGUCCCGAACACCCUCUGCUGCCAGUACACUGUCGGCCAACUCUAGCGCGUGGCAGCAUGUGGAGACCAUUGAGCUGGUCAAUGAUGGCACUGGCCUGGGUUUUGGCAUUGUGGGAGGAAAGACCACUGGUGUUAUUGUCAAAACUAUCCUUCCUGGAGGCAUAGCAGAUCAGGAUGGCCGCCUGCGCAGUGGGGACCACAUCCUGAGAAUCGGAGACACUGACCUCUAUGGCAUGGGCAGUGAGCAGGUGGCGCAGGUCCUCAGGCAGUGUGGUAACAGGGUGAAGCUGGUGGUUACCAGGGGUCCUGUAGAUGAGAAUCCCGCUGUUUCUGCUGUCAUGCCAGUGGUACUCCCCACUGUCAACGAGCAACAGGACUACGAGGAAGAGGAGUCUGAAGCGUUUGAUGUGAGCCUCACCAAGAACGCCCAGGGACUGGGAAUCACUAUUGCUGGCUAUGUUGGAGAUAAAAAUUCAGAGCCCUCUGGUAUUUUUGUUAAGAGCAUAACAAAAGAAAGCGCUGUGGAUCAAGAUGGCCGUGUUCAUGUGGGAGACCAGAUAAUAGCUGUCGAUGGUGUUAACAUCCAGGGAUACACCAAUCAACAGGCAGUGGAAGUCCUCCGACACACAGGCCAGACAGUCCACCUUAAGCUGAUCCGGCGGGGUUUCAGGCCUGAAGAGAUCCCCCCUGCUAGGUCCCCCAGUAUCACCAUACUGCCCCCUUGCACCACCAUCCCCACCACAACCACUGUCUUGACGGAGCUCGAGCUGGAGAGGAAGGCUGAGGAGGCUGCUCAAGCCGCCGCAGAUGAAAAGCAGCUCCAGACAAAGGGUGAAGGAUCUGAUGUCAGUCCAGCCACGGAUCAGCUAACAGAAGACAAACAUGGGAUGAAGCAAACACCAUCUGAGGAAGAAGAACUAAUGAAGAAGUGGCAGGAGAUUCUGGGUCCAAGUAAUGAAGUUGUAGUGGCUCAGGUGGAGAAGUUUAGUGAGAACAGUGGCCUGGGGAUCAGUCUCGAAGCCAACAGCGGGCAUCAUUACAUCCGUUCUGUCCUACCCGAGGGACCUGUUGGUCGAUGUGGCAAGCUGUUCAGUGGAGAUGAACUGGUUGAGGUCAAUGGCAUAUCCCUGAUUGGUGAGACCCACAAGGAAGUUGUCAAAAUCUUGAAGGAGCUCCCACUCUCUGUAUACAUGACAUGCUGUAGGCCUGCUCCUCACCUGCAGGCUGACAUCGAUGUUGUACAACCAGAAGCAGAGGCUUUAUCCACAGUGUCUGUAUUAAAGAAACAAAUAGACCUGAGCAGUGUACUGGUUGCUGAAGACUCUGAGGUGAAAGCAGCGGCAGCGACGCAGGAUAAUGUGACCGAGGAGGCGAUUGGAUCUCCUUUGGCCAUGUGGGAGCUGGAGAUCCAGAAUAUCGAAUUAGAGAAGGGAGAAGGUGGACUGGGAUUUAGCAUUCUGGAUUACCAGGACCCAUUGGACCCCGCCAAGACAGUGAUAGUGAUUCGCUCUUUGGUUCCCUCUGGUGUGGCUGAGCAGGAUGGCAGACUGUUGCCAGGAGACCGACUCAUGUAUGUCAACACCACUAACCUGGAAAACGCCAGCUUGGAAGAUGCAGUCCAGGCCCUGAAGGGAGCUAAGCUUGGAAAGGUGCAGAUAGGAGUCGCCAAACCGCUGCCUGGAAUAUGUGGAUAUUCCCACUCUCCACACCCAUAUGGUGAGCAGGAAAUAACUUCAUCAUCCACCAUCCAUUCAUUUGACUUCAACAAUAUUUUGGUUGAAGAAGCAGAGGAAGGAGGACUGACUGAGGGCAUCGUUUACCGAGCAGAGCCUGCAUUGAUUGACACCACUGAAGGAGACCUGUCUGAUGAAAAGGUGCUAGAGCAUUCUUACUCUGGAAUAGAGGAUGACACUUUCCAGGCAUCGAUGAUUGCUCUUCAUGGGAGCAGCUGUAGCGCAGACCUGGAUUACCUGCACUCCUCCACGCCUAAGCUGACAGCUCGACUGGAAUUGUUGGAUGAGCAUCCUCGCUUCGCAACAACACCGCCAGGCCUCGCAGACAACACACAACAGUUCUCUCCGGAGAAGCCGGCUCCGUUUACUCCUCCGAGAGAUCGCGCCACGGCUUUUAAUGCUGUACUAAGCAGUUCGGAUCAGUUCUUGGCACAGAACUUGACCAAAGAGGAGCCAGUGGAUUGCUUAAACUCAUACAAUCCAUUCGCUGAAAUAGAAACCAGAUCUAAUGUCCAAGAGGAAACUGCGGAGUCGCUUCAUUUUCAGAAGGAGCCGGCCAUCUCUUUUGGGGAUAUUCAGAUUUUGAUGAAGGACGAGGAGACUCGCGUGAAAGACUCAGCGGAAGAUGGUGACAAGCAAGUGCUGACCUCUGGGAGUAAUUUUGAAAGGACUAUCACAGUUGUCAAGGGCAACUCCAGCCUCGGGAUGACAGUGUGCGCCAUGAAAGAUGGUUUGGGGAUGCUGAUCCGCAGUGUAAUCAACGGCGGCUCCAUCAAUCGUGACGGACGCCUCGGGGUUGGUGACCUCAUCCUCGCCAUCAACGGAGAGCCCACCGCCAACCUGACCAACGCUCAGGCUCGCGCCAUGCUUAGAAGACACUCCCUGAUCGGACCAGACCUGGGAUCUGCUUGUGCACCCGAGGACGAUCUGUGCCCGUUUUAUGUCAUUACAUACGUCCCAGCUGAGUAUCUGGAGGAGUACAAGGCCAGUUUAGAGCAGGACAAAGAUGACGUCUUCUCUGAAGCAGCUCCAGUCCCAAUCGAUAGAGAUAUUCCUAACCUCCCUGAGCGGGAAGAUGGAGAGGGAGAGGAGAGUGCAUCUUACAGCAACUGGAACCAGCCUAGAAAAGUGGAGCUCUUCAGAGAGCCAGGCAAGUCCCUGGGGAUCAGUAUCGUCGGGGGCCGUGGGAUGGGCAGCCGGCUGAACAACGGAGAGGUGAUGAGGGGCAUUUUUAUUAAGCACAUCCUCGACGACAGUCCUGCUGGACACAACGGGACCUUGAAGACUGGGGACAGGAUUGUAGAGGUGGACGGAGUUGAUCUAAGAGAUGCCAGUCAUGAGGAGGCAGUGGAGGCCAUACGCAGGGCAGGCAACCCUGUCUCCUUCUUGGUGCAGAGUAUUAUCCACAGGCCGAGGCCUGAGUCAAUAUAUUGCCCAGCCCCAUCGCCUGCAGUAGAGAUGCACAGCAGCACUUUCACAUGCAUGCCACAUCGCACAUCCCAGUCGAUAACAGACUCCGGCGAGGAGCGAGCUGCGGCUGCGACAAGGGACAACAAGGACAAGGAGGGAUACAGUCACAGUAGACUUUUCCUCCGCCUCUUCCCAACUAACCCUUUCACUCCUACCCCGUUUAAGUCUGCAAAGCGUGAAGCGGCAAAGGCGUCUUCCACCAGCUCUGUCGCCCUCCUGCCAGUGGUGCCCCAUGUGGGAGAGACUGAUACAGACACGCUGACAGAGACUCCUGGCAGAGCUGCUGAGGCAGAGGAGGUGAAGGAGGAGGAGGUGGAUGAGUUUGGAUACAACUGGAAGAACAUAAUCCAGCGCUAUGGCAGCCUUCCAGGUGUCCUACACAUGAUUGAGCUGGAAAAAGGCAAGACGGGCCUCGGCCUCAGCCUGGCAGGAAACAGAGACCGCUCUCGCAUGAGUGUGUUCGUAGUGGGAAUAGACCCCAGCGGGGCAGCCGGCAGGGACGGACGCAUGGUGGUGGGGGAUGAGCUGCUGGAGAUUAAUGGUCAGGUCCUGUACGGACACAGUCACCAAAAUGCAUCUUCUAUCAUCAAGAGUUCUCCAUCAAAAGUCAAAAUCAUUUUUGUCAGGAACACGGAGGCGCUGAACCAGAUGGCUGUGGGACCGGUGAGAGAACACGAGGGAGACACAGUGGAGCCCCACACUGAGCAAGAAACUACCGCUGCUAACGGUGAUGCUGACGCUUCGAAACAUCAUGUCAUAAAGCUGAAGGAUGAUGGCGGCCUUGGCGUCACCUUUGUCGAAGGGAACACUGAGAGUGGAGUGGAGAUUCAGAGUAUAUCUGAAGCGCAAGGACACACAGGCAAAGAGGGCUGCAUGAAACCUGGAGACAAACUCUUAUCUGUUAAUGGUGAAUCAGUGAUGGGCUACACUGUGAAAAAGGUGAAUUCUCUACUGAGAAAAGCCAAAGGUCCACUGAAGCUAACCUUCUCUACAAAUGAGACCUCCUCCUCCUUCAUCUCUCCCCAGUCAACCUGCCAGGACAGGGCCAACUCGGAAGAAGUCCUUGCCAGCCUACCCAGCAUGCCUAGUGCUGCCAUGGCUACCAUGAGUCAGCCAGAAGUGGAAGCAGUCACAAGUCUGAGUCGCUCUUCCACCCCUUCCACUCUGGCCUCUGACCCGGCGACCUGUCCCAUCAUUCCCGGCUGUGAGACCACCAUCGACAUCUCCAAGGGCCGCACAGGCCUGGGUCUCAGCAUCGUGGGGGGCUGUGACACCCUGCUGGGGGCCAUCAUUAUCCACGAGGUUUAUGAAGAAGGGGCUGCCUCAAAAGAUGGCAGGCUAUGGGCAGGAGACCAAAUCCUAGAGGUGAAUGGCAUUGACUUGCGCGCUGCCAGUCACGAUGAAGCCAUCAACGUGCUGCGGCAGACCCCGCAGAAGGUCCGGCUGUCGGUCUACAGGGACGAGGCCCAGUAUAAGGAGGAAGACCUGUGGGACUCAUUCACUGUGGAGCUGCACAAGAACCCGGGCCAGGGCCUGGGCCUGAGCAUCGUGGGGAGGAGGUCACGGGAUCAGAGGAAUGACACAGGAGUGUUUGUGUCAGACAUAGUGAAAGGAGGUUUGGUGGACACUGAUGGCCGACUGAUGCAGGGUGACCAGAUCCUCUCAGUAAAUGGAGAGGACGUCAGGUCGGCCACUCAGGAGGCGGUCGCUGCUCUCCUCAAGUGCUGCAUUGGGCCUAUAAAAAUGGAGGUGGGGAGGUUUAAAGCUGGCCCUUUCCACUCUGAAAGAAGGCUGUCACAAAGUAGUCAGAUGAGUGAAACAGGCAGCUCCAAAGUGACCCCUCAGUCAUGUUCAGAUGCUGCAAACGUUCCUGGUGACCCUGACAACCUAAGCAGCAGUCAGGAACCUCCAGAGUAUCAGGACACGAGAAUAGUGGAGUUCACUAAAGGUCCCAAUGAUUCUCUUGGUAUCAGUAUAGCAGGUGGGGUGGGCAGCCCUUUGGGUGACAUACCCAUCUUUAUCGCCAUGAUGAAUCCUGUUGGUCUGGCUGCUCAGACCCAGAAGCUCAAGAUUGGGGAUCGGAUUGUCAGUAUCUGUGGAACCUCUGCUGAGGGCAUGACCCACUCACAGGCUGUCACUCUGCUCAAGAAUGCUACGGGCACAAUACAGCUUCAGGUAGUAGCAGGUGGUGACACCACUGUGACGGGUCCCUCGCCGGAUCAAGCAACUGGAGGUCUCACUCCCAGCUGCAUCUUCCAGGAUGACCUCGGCCCUCCUCAAUAUAAGACCAUCAUUCUUGAAAGAGGACCAGAUGGACUGGGUUUCAGUAUAGUUGGAGGUUACGGCAGCCCUCAUGGAGACCUGCCGAUCUACGUUAAAACUGUUUUUGGAAAGGGGGCAGCAGCAGAGGACGGGCGUCUGAAGCGAGGAGACCAGAUAAUGGCUGUUAAUGGGCAGACUCUGGAGGGCGUCACACACGAAGAGGCCGUUGGCAUCCUGAAAAGGACCAAAGGAAGUGUCACGCUCACUGUGCUUUCAUAGACACACAUAUGCAAACACUCAACACAUACACAUUAAUUUCACAUUUAUACAGACUGAAGGAAACUGAAGCAAGGUGCAGGUGUGAUCAUGUCUAGCAGUCACUGUACUCACACCAGUAAUAUAUUUCACAACUUGGCUGUGAACACUGAAAUAUGAACAAUCUCACAUUUAUAAUCAUGAAGAAACUGAUUGCUCAAUGUAGCUUCGAACACUGUGAUCCAAGUAAGUCUACUGCACAUAGACUGUCAUGUGAUUGAAGACCCAAACGUAGUUAAAUGAAUUAACAAUAGGGAAAUAAACUUGGAAACAUAGCUCACCUUUACAUUCCACGGGUCUGGACUGAAGUAUUCACUGGACACUGUCGUAUUAAGUAUUUUGCAGUUUUCUGUAUUGAAAUGAAUUGUAAGAUGAUUAUUUUCCUGAGUAUUUUACAAUAGAGAACACUUUAAAGCAAUAUUGCGACAUUUCUAGUAGCAGAGGCCAAUGUUCUAAGGUUUAUUGCCAUCUGUAGUCUACUUAAAGGGGCAACCUCUACUAAAUUCUGAGCAUGAAACAGCAUGAAAUCACACUUCAUGCAAUAAACAGAUAUAGCAGGAUUUAGCUAAUGACUGUAUUAGCUGUGCAGGAUUAUUUGUCUUUUGCGUCGCACUGCUCUUAGCAGUUUAUCAUACUCUGAUUUUUCUGGCUGAUGCUACUGUAUCUGGUGUUAAUCAAUUUAUCAUAAAGCCACUGCUGUAUUAGCACAGGUG